UGCUAAUUCUUACCUUGUAUUAAGAUUUAGGAUUUUGGGCAGGAUUAUCAAAUUUGUCCACAUUGAGGUCCAAAGGGUCCAAAAUGAAACUUUGUUUGAUUUCAUCAAAAAUUGAAUUCUUGGGGAUCUUUGAUAUGCUGAAUCUAACCAUGUAUUUAGAUUUUGGAUAUUGGACUAUAUUAUAAGUUAUUCUGGUACCCUGUAAAAUAUGACUGAUAGUACCAGUCAUGAAGAAAAGAGUUCUGUGAAGGAUAAACUUGAUGAAAAAGGAGUAGAAAUAUUAGAAAAGGGACCAAGUUUUGAACUAAGUUCUGAAAUGGAAAGUUUAGAAGUGGGGUCCAGUGACCAAAGUUUGGAAGCCCAAUCAACUGUAAGGAAAAGCACAGGUGAUAUAGAAGUGACAUAUUAUUUGAGAGAUAUUCAACCUAAGAUGGUGAAUGCUUGGACAAAGUUGUUUAAAAAUCAUGAAAACAGGGUCAAGAUUUCAUCAGGAGAUAUUUUCCGAGGGGCACCUGAAGCAGAUGCUUUGGUAUCACCAGCAAAUAGUUUUGGCUUUAUGGAUGGCGGUAUAGAUAUGGUCUAUACUAAUAUGUUUGGUUGGCAAAUGCAGGAAAGACUACAGAAAGUGAUACGAGAGGACUAUAAUGGUGAAAAUGUUGUAGGAAAUGCCAUUAUAAUCCCAGCUUAUAGUGAAGAGCCGAAUGAAGAAAAAAUUGAAAAUAUGAAGAAAUUCAAUUUAUGUGGUGGAAGGCCAAUAAAAUUUCUAAUUUCUGCUCCAACAAUGAGAGUUCCAAAAGAUGUGAAUGAUACAGCUAAUGCUUUCCUGGCAUUUAGAGCUAUAAUCUUAGCUGUUCAGAAACACAACAGAGACCCAGAAAAUCAACCAAUCAGAAGUGUCCUAUGCCCAGGUCUUGGAACUGCUGUUGGUAACAUGCCAUUUGACAGAUGUGCUUUCCAGUAUUGUGAAAAAUCAGAAGAGACUACAUAA